AAAUUUAAUAAAUAUAAAUUACUCCUUUUUAAAAAAAAAUACAUCAGCAUCGUACGCGCAGAUGCAGUAUAAAGUUUAAAACACUAAGUCUUUUUCGUAAAAAAAAAAAGAGAAACACUAAUUCUUCUACCAAUAAAAAUGAGUCGGAAUGUACUGUGGACCACGAAAGCUAAUUUGCGGCCAGCCAACUAACUGGAAGGUAGAAGUCUUCUUCCGAUGAAUUUUCCCUCUUCUGAGAAUUGACUUUCGGUUCCUUCCAAUUCCAUUGCUUUCCUAAAUAUAAAACACAUAAUUACACUUCAAAUCCACACACAAAAUCCCAACACAAAUUUGAAUCCCAUUUUCCCAUUGAAAGAAAUGGAAAACUCGACCCAGGAAUCCCAUCUCAAAUCCGAAAACUCCAUAACCUAUGACUCUCCUUACCCACUUUACGCCAUGGCCUUCUCUUCCUCUCCCUCCUCCUCCUCCACCCACCACCACCGCAUCGCGGUGGGCAGUUUUAUUGAAGACUACAGUAACAGAGUAGACAUUCUCUCCUUAAAUACAGAAACACUUUCUUUUAAAACCCACCCAUCGGUUUCAUUUGACCAUCCGUACCCACCAACUAAGCUUAUGUUCCAUCCUGCUUCUUCGCUUCGCAAGUCAUCCUCUGACUUGCUGGCUUCCUCUGGCGAUUAUCUUCGCCUCUGGGAAAUCCGUGGUGAUGUUGUUGAACCUUUAUCUGUAUUGAAUAAUAGUAAAAGUAGUGAAUUUUGUGCUCCUUUAACUUCUUUUGAUUGGAAUGAGAUUGAACCUAAGAGAAUUGGUACUUGUAGUAUUGAUACUACUUGUACUAUUUGGGAUAUUGAAAAGGGUUGUGUUGAAACUCAACUUAUUGCUCAUGAUAAGGAGGUUUAUGAUAUGGCUUGGGGUGAAGCUAGGGUCUUUGCUUCUGUUUCUGCUGAUGGGUCUGUUAGAAUCUUUGAUUUGAGAGACAAGGAGCAUUCUACUAUUCUUUAUGAAAGUCCUCGGCCUGAUACGCCUUUGCUUAGGUUAGCUUGGAAUAAGCAGGAUUUGAGGUAUAUGGCUACUAUAUUAAUGGAUAGCAAUAAAGUUGUGAUCUUGGAUAUUAGGUCUCCUACUACGCCUGUUGCUGAGUUGGAGAGGCAUAGAGCUAGUGUUAAUGCUAUUGCUUGGGCUCCUCAGAGUUGUAGACAUAUUUGUUCUGCUGGGGAUGAUGCUCAGGCUCUUAUUUGGGAUCUGCCUACUGUUGCCGGCCCUAAUGGGAUUGAUCCCAUGUCUAUGUACUCUGCUUCUUCUGAGAUUAACCAGCUUCAAUGGUCUGCUGCUCAGCCUGAUUGGAUUGCUAUUGCAUUUUCAAAUAAAAUGCAGUUUUUGAAAGUUUGAUAUGACGUAGUAAUUCUUUCCUUGUAGUGUGUAGCUUUUCUUUUUUUGUUAAUUUUGUAAUGUUGAAACUUAAGUAUUCUAAUUAGUAAUGUUGAAACUUGAGUAUUCUUCUAAUUAGAUCGUUUGCUUGCUUUAAAAGGAAUUUAGUUACAUUCAUCUUGGGUCAUUGUAAUGCUUAUUUAUGGUACUCGUAACUCAUUCAAGUCCUGAUGAGUAUUGUUUAAUAUUUACAUGGAAAUAGUUGUACUGACUCUGGUUGUAGGUAAGAACUAUUUUGAGAUUAUUUUGAUAUAAUUAAUGAAGCUGGUUCUGCAACUCUAAUAGGAACAAGUAAGUGCUUCUUCCUAG